GCAAACAUUUAGGUCUUUAUAGCAACCCGGAGCAGCGUUUCCCUGGCUCUCCCUCUUUCCAACCUUCCUCCCCAACUCCAACUCCCUAUCCCCUGAGGCCCAACAUAGGGUCUCCCCUUAGACCUCUCCGUAUCCCCUCCCGCCGAGUAACCCAAGAUUUCAUCAGCCAGGGUGAUGGCAUCCACAUCUGCCAGGAACAACGGAGAGAAAAGGGACAGCUGGCCAUUUCAAGCUGCAGCCGCCUUAGGUGGAGGGCAGAAAGUCUCAUUAUCCCGGUCUGAAGAAUUCCUGAGCCAGAUCAGCGCAGAACUUACAGAUGAAGCACUAUUUAUUGCUCGCUCCCAGGUGAACUCUGCACCCACCAAAGAAAUGCAGACAAAAGACCAAGGGACUCAGAUAUCAUCUAAACACGUGAUCUUCACCAAGACCCGAGGCACAGACACCCGCUCUGACAGAAAUCGCAGCCGCACCAAGGCACACCUUCUGCCAUCUCCUCGUGAAAAGGGAGUGCUCCCCAAUAGCCUGACGACUGGAGGAUGAGUCCCACCCUCCCCAGUGCUGCUCUCUUGGCCUCGCCCUCCCCCACUUUGCCCCUCAGUGAAAGCCUCAAAGCCCCUCCUUUGCAACUGGCUAAACACCUCAUCUCGGGAGGAACUCCUGCUCACCAGCAAUGCCACCUUUGAAACCAACCAAGUCCUCUGGACCAGCUGCAGGACUCUCCAUCUUCCACGGGCAAUCAUACUACUGAGGAGAAAAGGUUUUAAUAAAGAGCCAGGGACCCUCCCUUCCCCUCC